GGUUGCCAGCUGAGCCCAAAUCAACCCGGCACCUUUUCUGAGCCCAGACGGAUUAUGGGUUAUCGAAACACGCAGAAAAUGCAUUUUUGUUGACACCAAAGCUUCCGCCGAGGGCAGGGUCCGAACAGCUGAUCAGCGCCGAAGGUUUCGAGCAAAGAGGCCCAGCUGAUCAAUGCAAUGUUCAGGGUUAAUUAAUUCAGGGUGAUCCAAUUCUGGCACCAAUUUUAGGUGCAGUAAAGUGGCUUUUUCGAUGAUGAAGCACUAGAAUCCAUGCGCUCUCUUGUGGUCACAUGACGUAAGGACACCUUACACUUGUGUGCUUUCUCUCAAGUGCAGGGUGGAUUUUUUGAUUUCCUCUACCCACCUACCCACCCUGGAACCCACGUUCUUGGUUCCAUCAUGAGUGGGAUCUAAAAAUAACAAAUCAAAUAAUAAAAAACAGUUCAGGAGCACGUUCCCAAUAAAACACCAUCCCACAGCGAUGGAGAUCACCAAGGCGCCCCCCCGUCAGCUGUUCCGCAUCUUCCGGGAGUACCAGAACAACCACAUCAUCACCCAACACUACAACUACACCGGGAAGCUGGAAGGUGACCGGUACAAGGAUGGACUGAAGCCUGAAGCCAUCGUGUUCCUGGUCAUCUGCCUCUUCAUCGCGCUGGAGAACAUAGUGGUGCUGAUCGCCAUCUGGAAGAACAAGAAGUUCCACAUGCCCAUGUACUACCUGCUGGGCAACCUCACGUUCUCGGACUUCCUGGCUGGCUUCACCUACAUGGUCAACAUCGUGCUGUCCGGGCCCAACACGCUCAAGCUGACGCCCGUCCUGUGGUUCAUCAGGGAAGGGGGAGUCUUCAUCACCCUGGCGGCCUCCAUCAUCAGCCUGCUGGCCAUCGCCAUUGAGCGGCACGUCACCAUGGUCAAGAUGAAGCCCUACCACGGCGCCAAGAAGGGCCGCAUGUUCGCCUUGAUCGGCGCCAGCUGGGUGCUGUCCGUCUUCCUGGGCGUGCUGCCCAUCAUGGGGUGGAACUGCAUCAGCAGCCUGGAGGAGUGCUCCACCGUCCUGCCCCUCUACUCCAAGAGCUACAUCCUCUUCUGCAUCACCAUCUUCACGGCCGUGCUGCUCAGCAUCGUGGUCCUGUACGCCCGCAUCUUCCGCAUCGUCAAGUCCAACACGCAGCGGCUGGGCAGCCUGCGCAAGGGCCUGGCCCGGAAGUCCCAGAAGUACAUGGCCCUGCUCAGGACGGUCACCAUCGUGCUGGGCGUCUUCAUCGCCUGCUGGCUGCCCCUCUUCGUCCUCCUGCUCCUGGACUUCUGCUGUGAGGUCCGGAAGUGUGCCGUCCUCUUCAAGGCCGACUACUUCCUGGGCAUCGCCAUGGUGAACUCCCUGUUCAACCCCAUCAUCUACACGCUCACCAGCAAGGACAUGCGCAAGGCCAUCCUUAAGCUCUUGUGCCGGCACUGCCUCAUAACCAAGGAUGGGCAGGUGAAGAAGUUUGGGAUACCCUUCUUGGAGUGCAGCACCAGCAAGUCGGAGGUGGUCUCCCAUCGGCUGGAAGGCCUGGAGACCACCCUGUCUUCUGGGAAUGUCACCCCUUCUACAAUCAAAGCCUUGUACCCCAGGAUUUUAAAGUCCUGAAUCCGAUAUCGAUUGACCCAUCAACGCUCAGGCUGUUGCGGGCUGUCAGUUUUAGACUUAAUAGCUGACACAGUAGCAGCACUGUUCUGUGAUACAGUGCAGAUCCAGCAGAAAGCAGAAACAUUGCUUUAGGACAGGUGUUUGCACGACAGCACUUGAUCUCGGAGGUAGCAUUUAUUGUAAUGUCAGCAUGAAACCCCAAAAAUCUCCAGUCGCAUUACUGUGUGACUAAGGAACUUCUUGGGCCCCACAGAUAAGUGGAUGCAACUGUAUCAAGAGAACAGAAACUCCUUCUUUCUCUAACUGUGAAAAUGAGUCUCACCAAGCUUGCGUAGUCCCACGUGCACCCAGAUCGCACAAUGAUUAAUGUCUGAAAAACGGACGUAUAAUAACUUGCACUGAUAAUCGCCGUGGGGGAAAGUCUCACAGUAACUCUGGUCCUGGCAGUUACAAAACGACAGGACUUCAGCUGUCCUUCCAGAGUAAGGGAUUGCUUGGCAUCACUAGUGUCAGCUUUACAGAGGCCCGAGGGUGGAGUGUCUGGGGUCUGUGGGGGAACUCCAGCUGUAAUAUGCGAGUACCACCAGUCUGACAGCCCAGCAGGAGUGGCCUGCCUUGUGUACAGGGAGCUGCAGUCUCGCAGGUAUUUUUCUUAGGGACUGAUCAUUAACACUUUUUAAUAACUUGGACGAAAUGGAAGUGCCGGAUCAAUCUCAGCAGGGAGUGAGCUGCGCGACUUCAGCAGUAGCCAGCUCUGGUCCUGAAGGGCUGAUCGAACUUUCCUUCCAACCUGGCACUAAACUGCUUCAUCGAACGAAUUCAGGUUUGUGACUGUGCCCUUUAGAAGUUGACCGAGAUUUUACAAGGACAAGAAGAAACAAAAUGAGAGAAAUUAUUCAGCACUGUACCUUGGUUUUUUUUAAAUAAGGAAAUUCCUGGUAACAAUUUGGCCUCUUUCUUAUAAAAUGUAUUAAGUUAAGAAAUAGCUUCUCUUAAGUCACGAGUAGAGAUAAAUUUGAAGGGUGUUAAGGAGGGUGACUGAUCCCCAGUACACUAUCUUACACAUUUCACACAGAAGCACUUAUAAGCAAGGACAAAUUCAGUCUGAAUUUCUUUUAAAGCACUUUUAAGACUAAAUUGCUCUGGGAUGGAAAGUGUUUUUUCAGGGUUCCAAGAUCAGACAGGUUGGAGCAUCUCUCAUCCCACCAGGAAUAUACUGAUGGCCUUUGCUCAACCUUGUUGAGAGCAUAGCCGUUUGCUGGCAAGAUGAAAUGCCAUCCGUGAAAAUGCAUUGUUCACGAAUUCAAGAUCAAACCUUCUGUUUUUUUUUUAAACCUAGCUUCUGCUGAAGAGUUCUAGCCCCAUAGGAUAGAAGAGAAGAUAAAUGCGCUUCGAUCACUGAAACCACAUCCUUCCUGUGACCGAGAAAUAAACCAACAGGCACUGCCAAGCUAUUCAGAGGGGAAUGCACACUGGGACGUCUCUCUUCUUCUUCAGGGGGGUCUCUGUGGCCCAGGGCAGUCAGUAAACCCAAAACACAUCCUCUGGCCAGACAGUGAGACAGCGAAGCUUAUAUUUCUGCUACCCACGGCCACGCCCAGGCCAGCACACUAACUUGGUUAAUUCCGGAUACAUUACCAUUAUGCCUUUUUCAUUGCAAUAAAAAGUACAUUUCUAAAAAAAUAAAGUGGUGCUACUACCAUGACAAUGAAAACUGCCAAUAGUUAAAUCCUUUCCAGAAAUUCAAACUUAUCUUAAAAUCGCAUACUUGCACAAAUGCAAUUUUAUAAUAGAAUUAAAAACUGUAUUUUCAGCUUACUUGUGUGUAGGUUUUUAAAUGUCAGUUCCUUCUCGGUUGCUAGUGUACCAAAGUAAUUUCUCAGUUAAAAUAUGCUGUUUAUAAAAAUAUUUUCCAGAUCUUAAUCAUGAUAAAUUAAUACUGUAUGUCUGAGUUGUGAAAAAGACAUUU